AUGUCCAACAAUAUUGUGAUUCUGGGAGCCGGUGUCACGGGUUUGACAACUGCUUAUCUGUUGUCUCAAGACCCCGCAAACAAAAUUACUGUUAUUGCAAAGCAUAUGCCCGGAGACUAUGACAUCGAAUAUGCUUCCCCGUGGGCGGGGGCUAACUAUAUGCCGGUCGGUAAGGAGGGUAGUAACCAUCAUGCCUGGGAGCGGGCUACUUGGCCUGCCCUGAAGGCUCUGUGUGAGAAAUAUCCCGAAGCGGGCAUUCAUUUCCGAGAUUCAUUGAUCUACAACCGCAAAAAGGAUCAAGAGUCUGCCACUGGUCAAUGGUUCUCAGAAUUGGUGCAACCUAACCCGUGGUAUAAAGACGUCGUUCCUGAUUUUGAGGCUAUUCCAGAGAGCCAGUUAGCACCAGGUAUUGACAAUGCUCAGAAAUUCACAUCUGUCUGCAUUAAUACGGCAUUUUAUCUGCCUUGGCUCAUUGGGCAGUGUGUGAAAACCGGCGCAGUCUUCAAGAGAGCAGUGGUUAAGCAUAUCUCGGAGGCGGCCGAUGCGCACCACUCUGGCCAGAAGGCUGACGUCGUUGUGAAUUGCACGGGCCUGGCGUCCAAAACUCUAGGAGGAGUUCUCGAUGACAAGAUGUAUCCAGCUAGAGGUCAAAUCGUUGUGGUCCGAAAUGACCCCGGUGAGAUGGUUUCUGUCUCUGGCACGGACGAUGGAGAGGAUGAGGCACUGUACAUUAUGACUCGUGCUGCAGGUGGCGGCACAAUCCUUGGCGGAUCCUAUCAGAAGCACAACUGGGAUGCAUUGCCCGAUCCGAACCUCGCGAACCGAAUCAUGAAGCGGGCAAUUGCAAUUUGCCCCAAGCUUGUCAAAGAUGGAGAAGGCAUCGAGGGUCUUAGUAUUAUUCGUCAUGGUGUUGGUUUGCGGCCUCUUCGUGAUGGUGGCCCUCGCGUUGAGAAAGAUCAGGUUGACGGUGUGAAGAUUGUUCAUAAUUAUGGUCAUGGUGGUUUUGGUUAUCAAGCCUCAUUCGGCUGUGCAGAGGAUGCAGUGUCUCUGGUCAAGGAAGUCUUGCAGACCAAGAAGCUUUCCAAGCUCUGA